GGUUCGUGUGAAAGAGACACUUGUACAGGAUAUGAAGGGUUUUUAUUGAAGGAGGAACAUAUACUACCAUGAAAGGUUUUGUACCAAUAUGCUUCCUGCUGCUGGUAGGUUAUGUUACAUCCAUGACACAAAUCCCUCUUAUGUGUGUGGAUGAAAUAACGGAUUGUGAAUCGUAUGGUACAUCAGCAUGUCACGGAGUGUACAAGGAGUGGGGCUUUCAAAACUGCAAGUCAUUCUGUGGAUUUUGUGGUAACGUCGAGAAACCCACCUCCCCGCUCCCGAUACCUCCUAAAGGCACGUGUCAUGACGAGUUGGCAACGUGCUCAGGCUAUGGCAAGCAAAUGUGUCAGCACUAUGGUAGUUGGGCCCGACAGAAUUGUGCUAGCUACUGUGACUUCUGUAAUGAUGUAGCGUCAACCCAACCUUCUGCAGUGGUAGCGUCAAAUGGAUGUAAUUACAACGGCAUCACGCACAGAGACGGAGAAAUAUGGCAGGAAGGUUGUCAGUACAACUGUGAGUGUGUAGACGGUAGCACCGGGUUUUAUCGCUGUACCGAACUGUGUUUAACAUGGAAUCUUCCAGAUGUCUGUCAUCAAGAGGAUCCCGCUCCGGGCAAAUGUUGUAAAAAACCGUCAUGUCCUGCAAGUGUCGUAAUCCAAUAUCCGGCCGGAUACACAGAUGUGUAAUUGUACCAAACAUCUCAGACAUCAAUGUAGCAGUUUUAAAGUUAAAGUUACAUAAUUGCUCUCUUGAUAACUUAUAUGAAUAAUAAAUAAAUAAUAACAAAACCA